CUCUCUCUCCCUCCCCUUCUCUCUCUCUCUCUCUCUAGUGCAAGUGUUUUGAGCUACAGUUAGCAUGUCAUACCUCAGUCACCCCAUCAAAAACACCAUGCAUCAUCAGAAGACACCAUCUUCAGAAGACAAAGAGAAAAGGUCCAAGUUCUUCAUCAACGACCACAUUGACAUCCUCGUCGAGAUCCUCAAACGCCUCGACGGGCCCUCCCUCGGCGUCGCCGCCUGCGUCUGCCGCCUCUGGUCCACCCUCGCCCGCAACGACUCCCUCUGGGAACACCUCUGCUUCCGCCACGUGUCCUCCCCUCCCCCCUCCUCCGUCCGCCCCGUCGUCGUCGCCCUCGGAGGCUACAAGCGCCUCUACAGGGUCUGCGUCCGCCCCGUCCUGAGUCGACUCAGCGACUCGGACCUGGUCAGGCGAGUAUGGACUCGGGACGAGGUCCAGCUCUCGCUCUCCUUGUUCUGCGUCGACUACUACGAGAGAAGCGGCAGGCUCGGAAGCGGCGGCGGCGGUGGCGGCGGGGAUGCGUCCGCAUCGUCCCUCAUGUUCCUCUGCAACACCGUGAACGUCUGAUUCGUUGACUUUUUCGCUGUUUUGACUGUAGUGGGUCCUGAUGAGGGUUAAUAGUACUGGUAUUAAUUUAGUGAUUUAGUAUACAUAUCAAUUUUUAUUUAGAAAAAAAUAAAUAAAUUUUUUUAUAUUUUAUUUAUUAUUAUUGGGUAUUUAAAUAAUUGUCACUUGAUUUAUUUUGGAGGUGGGAAAAAGUGUGAGAUGAUAGUUACCUACUUCCUAUGC